AUGCCAACUUGUAAAACUAAAAAUGAAGUAGAAAAAGCAUUUAAAUUAAUUGAAGAUUGCAAAUCUAAAGCUGCGGAAGAAUGGCUUGCAGAUAAAAAAAUUCCCUGGGUUAUAUCAGCAAUUAGCUCAGCUUAUACUAAAAUGAAUCUUGAAAUUUGGAAUACUAAUAAAAAUAAUACAAUUAUUAUUGAAA